UAGGACUUUAGAGGGCAUGGUAUUUCAUCACAAAAAUGUAAUUCACAUUAUCUCAGAAUCAAUAUUACCUAUAAUAAUCUAUAACAUAAUAGUUUAUUUGAUAGUGACAAUAAAUACCGAAAACAUUGUAUAAAAGCCUCUCGUUUUGUCUCCCUUAGCGCGUGGGCACAUCAGAAGCUUUUGCUGUAGCCUUGUUCCCGCGCCUCCUCCGCACGAGCACAUCCAUAAUAAUAAAAGUGUCACGAGGAUCUUCUGCAGUAUCUGUUAGCAUAAAAUAGGUUAAAUGAGAAACCGUUAAGGAAAAAAAGUUUGCUGAUAGGCCUAUAUUCAAUCAAUCACAUUUUGGCCCCAUGUUUCACGUUUAUUAUGGCGCUAUAGGACUGUUAAGCUCAUAAUUAUAGUUCUUUACACAUGUAAAUUAGACUAAGUGAAAGGAUAUGUAAUACAGGACAUAUUAAAUAUUUGAGUCAUAGGCUAUCUGAUGCAGCUAAAUAGGCCUAUGUGGGCCUGGAUUCGCUGCACACAAUAACAAUUACAAGUGUUUACAAGCAACAAAAAUUAAUCGACAUAUUUUCAGCUGUUAUUAUUGUGCAAUGGUGCAAAAUAAGUAUGAAAAUAAUAAGCUUGUGUAUGUCUCUCUUAAGACUAACUUUUGGGAUUGUGUACUGCAGUUUCCUUUGUUGUGGCAGGCCCAAAUUCAAUUCACACAAACAACUGUCUUACAUGGCAUAAAACAUCUUUUCAACUUAAUUACUUUGACUACAUUCAAGUUUUUAUUUUCAAAUAUAAUUCAGUGAGUAUAUUGAUGAAAUGUAGGUCAAUAUAAGCCAAUGAUGGAGAACACAAUUCCACAGACAAUGCCAAGCAUUGUGCAUUCAGAAUUUCCCAACUUAUAAUCGAAGAAACAAUUAUCAGUGUAGUAAAAUUAUAGUUAUCACCUUCAAAUGUUUUACAAAAUCUGCACUCGAAUUUAUUUCCUUAAUAAUUUCGACUAAUGACUUAUUACAGGGAUGGCACUCUACUGAUCCCGACAUAUGGUUAGCAGGGAAACCUAGAACAAUUGAACCAUGUUCUGUCAGCAUAGACAGAGCAACUCUGGAUCCAAAACACAAACACACACACGCACACACUUGCGCGCGCGCACACACACACUCACACACACUCCAUUGAUUUGACCCAUAUGUAGGAGAUUUUAAGGUAUUGGGUUGAAAAAAGGAAUUGUCAUUUUCCAUCCGUGGGAAAGGUGUUCUAAAUCAUUCCCCCAGAAUCCCCCUGUAAAAAAAAUGUGUAGGUCUGAGUAGGGUUCACAGAAAGCCGCCACCCACUCCUUGCCUCACACACAAAGCCUAUGCGUAAUUCCCAAAAUCCAUCCGUCUCCUCCUCAGGCCCGUCCUUUACCACAGACUCUGCUCACCACCAACAAACCCAAAUGUAUGCUCCAACGAAAAUAAUUACGUUUUGUAAAUACGCCCCCCAAGAAAUCCAGAAAGAAAAUGCAGUGGCGAUGUUAGUUUAGCUUACUCACCAUUUACGCGCAUUAUCGCCCUUCUGCAAAAUGUUCCAUGUAUUUUUAAUGUCUUAAAACAUCCCUUAAGCGACAGAAAAGAUGUGACAGCGAACAGAAACGUGUUAUAAUCUAAAUGGCCAGCGUUGCUCGCCGCUUCCUGGCUGCAUUUGAUCCGGGGGAGAGUUAGAAGCCUUAAAUGUGUUCUGAGGGCACCGAGCUGUCAGACCUUUUGGCGAGUAAGAUUGAUCGCGCGCAGGCUUCCAGGAUUCUUUGUUUGCUAUAUAAGCAAUAAACUGAGCAAGGCCUACCACUUAUUUUCCUCCUCUCCCACUCACUCUUCCAAUUUUAUUUCCUUUGAAGCAUACAACAUAGCUGCUUACUGGCUGUUUGACGAAAAACAUCCAUAGUGUGGCUUUUACAGAUUGUACUGGAAGGGUACAUAGCCAAACUGUGGGAGCUGCUCAGUCGAUACACAAUUCCUUCUACAGAAUCUCUCCGCAAUGAAUUCGUUAAAAUGACCUAUUCCAAUAGCAGGGGUUUAUUAACUGUGCAAUAGCGCAAGUUGAAAUGUGUGAGAAAUAAGGUUAAAUGUAAAGAGGAUCAUUAUGCCCUUGUCCACCACUCACCGGCUGGAAAUUGUUCCCUAAACUUAGUAUGUUGUUAGCAUAUAGGUCAACCUUGCUUUAGUGUAACUGGGAGGGCUCUGCAGAGUGAUAUAAUUGCGGAGACUGAGAAAGAGUAUAAUUACUCCACAACAAUUCCAGACUCAAAUGAAACAAAACAUGAUUGGUAUGCAUGCACACAAAAUGUGAUAUUUUAAAGCCGUAUUUUUUUUGUUGCAUUAGGUGCAUAUUAUUUUAGCAACAUCGGUUGUGUGUGAGUGUAUUUGUCUGAGGUUUGUCUGUGUGUGCUUACAUGGUCCAUGUGUAUUUGGGUAUCUGGGCGUUAAAUACAAUAUGUAACUACUUCAUGUGUAAUAAAUGUACUGCAUACAAGUGGAUGACACUAAAAUGGUAUAGUAGGCAUGAUUAACUCAUGCCUCCAGAAUAGGUAUGACGUUUUGUUCCCAGUUGUAUGCCUCAAUUAGUGGCUUAACCUAUAGCUCAUCUAUGCUUGAAUUGAAAAGAAAGUCUAUGAACACAGUCAUACAUUGUCACACAUUGUAAACUCUACCGUUUUGGAACACAUUUGAUUGUUAGGUGUUGUUGCUGUCAGGAUCUGUAAAUAUCAGUUUUUGGGGUGUUUUUUUCCACGAGAGAACUCUACAUGAAUGACUAACUUUGCUAAUGACUGCAUGCAUAGUGUGUAGCUACUGGUGUCAUUUGUGUGGCGCGGGGGCGUUCUCUCCAGACAUACUCAAACAAUACGAGAAAAUAGGACUGCAAUGAGCCCGGGCAAUAUAGUUGCUUCACUUUCACAGCGCUCAGGCAGCCAUUCUAAAAACACAUUUGUAGUUUAGUUGACUAGGAGGCUAGGGGACGAUAAACUGGGGUGGGCGUAAAAAAGGUGUAAAUAAAAACAGCCGUCCCCAUAGAGACACGGCGUUCUUCACACCAGAGUUUUUGGAUCAAUCACGCAGACAGUGGCUUCUUUUGAUUAAACCCCAAAUUGUCAUUGGGCAGAAGUUAUCAUGUGACUUGGCUCCAAUUUCAACCUUGUCUCCAUGAAUUCAAUAGUUUAAUAGCUGUUCGGUCACCAUACGGCCGUAAUCAGUGAAUUUGAAAAAAAAAUGCCACCACCUCUUUCUCAUUGAGCCGCUACAUUUAUAAAAAUACGCGCAGCAAACUUUCCUCGGCUCUCAGCGAGCGGAGAUGAAUUACGAAUUCGAGCGAGAGAGCGGUUUUAUCAAUAGUCAGCCUUCGCUUGCUGAGUGCCUGACAUCUUUCCCCCCUGUCGGUGAUUCAUUUCAAAGUUCAUCAAUCAAGAGCUCGACGCUUUCACACUCGACACUGAUUCCUCCUCCUUUUGAGCAGACCAUUCCCAGCCUCAACCCAGGCAUCCACCCGAGGCAUAGCCGGCCCAGACACAGCCCCGAUGGAUGCAUCCCGCUGCCCACCGCCUCCCUACCCCCGGAAUACCCCUGGAUGCGAGAGAAGAAAGCCUCCAAGAAGAAUCACCUGCCGACUUCCACCGCGACUGCCAUAACGAGUGGACUUGUUUGCUUCUCCCCGGAAGGUUCGCCGGAGAUUCUAGAGAGCGGAGGAGAGGGUUCCCGGCGGUUGAGGACUGCGUACACCAACACACAGCUCCUGGAGCUGGAGAAGGAGUUCCACUUCAACAAGUAUCUGUGCCGACCGAGGAGGGUGGAGAUAGCCGCCCUGCUGGACCUCACCGAGCGGCAGGUCAAAGUAUGGUUCCAGAACCGGCGCAUGAAGCACAAGAGGCAGACCCAGUGCAAGGAGAACCACAAUGGCGAAGGGAAAGAGCCGAGUGCUGAGGACAGGACCCAGAGCGACGAGGAGGAGGAUGAGGGCUCGGUGUUUGAGCAGAGCCUCAAUAUAGUGACCGGGGCCCUUAUGGAGAGAGGGGCCUGCUCCUUUCAGCAGAACUCACUCAGUACUUCCCAGCAGCUCCAGAAUGUUGGCCCGCACAAUGGCGUGGCCCAGAGUUACACAGUUUUACCACUGAGCAGCAAUGACAAAAAUCUGAAGCAUUUCCCCAACCCGUCACCCACUGUUCCAGGCUGCGUGUCAACAAUAGGGCCCGGCUCUGCACCUGGCCAGGACAAUGGCGGUAGUCCCGCGGCCCUGGACGUCUCAAUACAAGACUUCCAAGUAUUCUCCUCGGAUUCUUGCCUUCACUUCUCUGAUGCCACCUCGCCUAGUGUGUCAGAAUCCCUGGACAGCCCCGUGGACAAUCUGGACAUAUCUACCGACAACUUCUACUUUUUCUCGGAGUCAUUAACUACAAUUGACUUACAGCAUCUGAGCUAUUGAAAUUAAUGAAAAAUAGAGCGAGAUUUUCAACCUGGAACAUCGAAAGGAAGAAAAAAACUCCGGUAUUAACUAUGAAGUACAUUUUGGUGGUUGUUUGAUAUGAUCGGCACAUUUCCUUUUUAUUGAUGAAUUGAUUAGGCCUAGUCGAUUAAUUCAAGGUAAGCGUCUGGAAAAAUAUACCAUUGUGGCCUGCAAUUACAAUAACACAAUGAUUUCUUAAGAUGCAAUAUUAUGGGUAUGUGAAAAGUUGCACAAUAGUAUGAAUUCUGGUCAUUUUAUUUUUGUAUAGCUUACAGUGCCAUGGAUAUUUUUGUUAGAAUAAAUCUGACUUGCUAUAAGGAACUUGCAAAAUUGUGUUUUGUUAUUAUUAUCCAAACCUUUUUUAUCAAGUGUAAAGUGUAUUUUUGAUCAAAUGUAUUUUUAUCAACCCCCAAAAAUAGAAAUGAGGCAUUACCAGUCGAUACAAUGUUUAGUAGCUCAUUCUGAAUACAGAUUUACUCUAAUUAAUUUGCAAGUCAAAAUAGUGUGAUGAAAGCAGGCCAAU